UUACGGCUCAGUUAACGUUUGUUGGUAUGUAGCUUCUCGCCAGCAGCUGUUAAUGUUUUCAUAUUACGGUGUAGUUUUCUGUCAAAGCUGCGAUUAAAUGAGUGUUUUUGACUUGUUUCGUGGGUUCUUCGGAGUCCCUGGAGGUCAUUAUCGAGGCCAAAGGGACCCCUUCUUCGAUGCCAUGACACACGAUGAAGAUGAAGGUGAUGAUGAGGACGGUUUCUGCUACGAUGGGUUCAGGAGAGACCAGCAGGACCCCAUGGACGAUUCGUUGAGGUUUGGGUUCAGCUUUGGUCCGGACGGGAUGAGGUUCCAGGAGCCUGCGGUGUUUGGUCACGUCCUCAGGGAGAUGGAGGAGAUUUUUUCCCAGUUGGGCCGAUGGGAGGGGGACACAGAUUCUGGAUCCUUCGAUGUUCCCAGAAUCAUGCCGCCGCCACCGCCUCAGGGCAGAUCAGAGAGAGGUGGAAGCGGUGGGAACCCUCUGAGGGACUUCAUGCUCAAAUCUCCCAACGGAGACCCGCGAGAACCGUAUGGAGAGGCUCCGAGGGAUGUCCAGCCUUCUUACGAGACACCAGAAUUCCCUCAUUCGCCUUUUCAUGGCUGGAGACCUUUCUCCAAGUUUAAUGAUAUUUGGAGGCUGGAACCACAGAAAACUCCAGCUGAGGAGCCCAAAGAAGAUAGAGAUCUGGAUUCUGCAGUGUCGUCCGGUGGCCUGGAUCAGAUUCUGAUUCCACCUGCAGCUCAGGCGCCGAGUCAACCCAGAACCCGGUCAUUUUUCCAGUCAGUCAGUGUCACAAAGGUGGUGAAGCCCGACGGGAGUGUGGAGGAGCGGCGGACGGUCCGAGACGGACAGGGAAACGAGAAGACCACAGUGACUCGCUCAGGUGGUGCGGGGAUGCUGGAGGGACCAGCAGACCACCAGACUGGACCCGUGUGUCCAGGUGAGCCACAUCGGUUCUCAGACCUGCGGGACGACAGCUCUUUAUUCUCCAAGUUCUUUGGAGGAUUUAAAUAACUCGUAGAUGAAAACACACUUUGGACUCGUCACUUUUAGGUUUCAUUCCCCCCCACAGCUGUUCCUCUUGAGCUCAGUUUGAUUAUUUAUGGACAAACUAAAGUUUCUUGAUUUGCCAAAAUAAAUGCGUUGAAUAAAAUGUUGCUGACGUAACAGAAAAAUCCAACUUUUACAAACCGACUCACUCAUCUCGCGCUGACAAGUUUGGGUGAAAUGUUUUAUUUUUGUAUCGUCCCAGAGCGUGGAUGGAACUGAGGGAGGAAUCAAAUAAUAA